GAAAUUUUUGGAGAAACACGACGUCCUAACAGUUGCUUUGGUAACAAUUGUUUCGCUUCGCAGCUUUCGGAAUAGUAACCUGGCAGUUGCAUCACGCCAAACAAAAAUGUGCUUAUCAACCCUUAAAGAAACACAAUGCCGCCGACCUGACUCGCGUACCGAGCGCAACGUACUAAGAACUGGCUUAAAAUGCUGUGCACAUCGAGCCCGUUUGCUAUGCCAAGGGCAUGGCGCGGAAGGGGCGGCGCUUCCGGCCCGCAUUUCAUUUGGCCGGGCACUGGGCCUCGUAGCUAAGCAUCCGCACAACAUGCCGCGUGGACGCGUCGUUGCGGGAACGUUCGCGGACCCGGUCAUGGACGCGCCGGAGGUCGAUGACGAAGUUGAGGGGACGCGUUGGAACCCCGCCAACCUGACCGCGCUGGUGGUCGGCGCCGGCCCCACGGGCGCCCUGGCCGCCCACUACCUAGCCAUGCGGGGCUACGGGGUGGUGGUGGUGGACAAGGGGCCGCGGCCCGCGCCCUGGGACGCUGCCAGCGUGCCACUGGUGCUCAGCAGCAGGGGCGCCAUCGCGUUUGAGGAGCUGGGUCUGGACCAGCAGCGCCGGGUGGGCCCGUCCGCGCCCUCGCCCCUGCGCGGCGUGUGGGAUGCGGCGGCGGGGCGGCUGCGGCAGCAGGUGGACGACUCCAGCGCCUUCCGACAUGCCUUCGUCACCGACCGCUCGGGUCUGGCUAGCGACCUGAUAGAUGCGGCGGAGCAGCGCUACCCGGACCGGGUGCGGUUCCACUUCAACACGGAGUUGGUUCGUGCGGAGCUCAAGAACCGCAUUGCUGUCCUUCGUACGACACAUGAGGCGGGUGCUGCUGCCGCUGCUGCACCUGCCUCUCCCGCAAGCCAACAAGGAGAGGCGGGGCCAGCCGGGCAGGCAUUGGAUUCUGCACAGGAGCAGGAGGUGUACUACGACUUGAUGGUGGGGGCGGACGGCGUGGAGAGCACCGUGCGGGGGAUACUCAAGGCCAAGGUGAAGGACUUUUCGGUGAUCCGGCCUGUUGAGGAGGAGAUGGGUUGCCUACCCGUCAGCCGCCUGCCGCCCCCAGCGCAGGAGCCCCUGCCGGGCUUUUCCACCAGCCACAAGCCGCAGGAGUACCUCUACGAGUGGAGCGCACCCGGCCGACCCAUGGUUCGCAUCUUCAAGGACCACGAGGGCGUCAUCGGCGGCACCGUAACCGGCCUCAGUACGACAACGAGUACGGAGGCGGUACGGGACGAGCUGUUGGCGGCGUACGGCAACUUCCCGCCUGAGUGGGCCGCGGAGAUCGGUCGGCAGGUGUGCUCCCCCGCCUGCCCGGCCGCCCGCCGCGCCUGCAUCCUGCAGUGCAACCAGUUCUGGGGGCCGCGGGCGGUGCUGCUGGGAGACGCGGCGCAUGCGGUGACGGGCGCCAGCCGACCCGUGGGUCUGCCGGCGGGUGCGGCGGGCGGCGGCGUGGGCGUGGGGCAGGGCCCCAGUGCGGCCAUUGAGAGCGUGAGGACGCUGGCGCUGGUGCUGCGGGGGGCGCAGGACGACCUGGAUAAGGUGCCCGAGGUGUUCUCCCGGGUGCGGGGGGACGCGGUGAUGGCCAUGCAAAUGCUGGAGUUCAUGGAGCUCACCCGCGGCGGCUCCGCUGCGCGCGCCCUCAAGUUCCAGUCGCUGUGGUUCGCAUGGAGCGCCCUGCUCACCCGGUUCUUCCGCUUCCUGUCGGAGGCAACGGGUCGGCUCCUUGCCGCGCUACUGCCCUCGCAAUUCAUCUCGGCAGAGAAGGUGGUCUCCCGGCUAGACGACCGCCGCAUCGGGUACAGCGAGGUGAUCAAGAUGAUGCAGGGCUACGCCACGCCAGUUGUUGCGCUGGUGCUGGGAGGCGCAUUCGUGGGCCUGCUGAUGGCUUACAACCGGAUGUUGGGAUAGUGAAAAGAGAAAGAUGGUGGAAAGGAGCAAGGACGGGACCGCUUUUGGGUGGAAGGGUGUCUGUUUAGACGGUUGGACGACCUUGGGGUUCAUGUGUAGGUAGAGAGGGCUCGUCUUCAUGUCAGGUCUCGGGUGAGCUCUGGAAUGGUAUGGUUUCGGGGACAGGCAUGUUACAAGAAGAAGAUCUCGAGCGUUUAUUGCAUGGUUGUAUGGUGCAUUAACGGAGCCUUGCAGCGCUGGGUGCAAGGUGUUGGUUGCCAAUUGCGGCCAUACGGAUGGAGCAUCAGGAUGGGA